AUGAACAGAAUAGAAGGACAAAUAGAGGAGCGAGGGUACUGGGGCAGUAAAGCAGAGUUUCUUCUGGCGAUUGCAGGGAAUGUGGUCGGUCUGGGUAACGUUUGGAGGUUUCCUUACCUCUGCUACAGGAAUGGAGGAGGGGCAUUCCUUAUACCCUACCUGGUGUUUGUUGUUACUUGUGGGGUGCCUCUGUUCCUGCUAGAGACGGCUAUGGGACAGUACACACAGGAAGGUGCCAUUACAUGUUGGCGUCACCUUUGUCCACUCGCUGAGGGCAUCGGUUAUGCAGGACAGCUGAUAUUGCUGUACAAUUGCAUGUACACCAUCAUUCUGGCCUGGGCGCUUUUCUACCUCAUCUUCUCUUUUAGCUCCAAACUUCCAUGGGCCAGCUGUGACAACAGCUGGAACACAGAUGGCUGUAUAAAUCUUGUUGAAAGAAAUCAGACCCUUAACCGGACAAUACUGAUUCACUCUACACCUGCAGCGACUGAGUUCUGGGAACGCAGAGUACUGUCUCUCUCUGGAGGGAUCGAAGAGAUUGGUAAAAUCAACUGGGAGAUUCUUCUGUGCCUCAUUGCAAUGUGGAUUAUAUGUUAUUUUUGCAUCUGGAAAGGAGUCAAAUCUACAGGCAAGGUAGUGUAUUUCACAGCCACAUUUCCUUACGUGAUGCUGCUUGCAUUGCUGAUUCGUGGGUUGACUCUUGAUGGAGCUCUGAAGGGAGUUGUGUUUUACCUGUACCCUGAACCAGCCCGUCUUUCAGACCCACAGGUUUGGAUGGAGGCAGGAACACAGAUCUUUUUCUCCUACAGUUUGUGUUUUGGCACUCUUAUUUCACUAGGCAGUUAUAAUCAAUACAAUAACAACUGCUACAGGGACUGUUUUUGGCUUUGUCUUCUGAACAGCGCCACCAGUUUAGUGGCUGGCUUUGCUGUAUUCUCAGUCUUGGGCUUCAUGGCUAAUGCACAGGGCGUCUCCAUUGAGGAGGUAGCAGAAUCAGGUCCAGGACUAGCAUUCAUAGCUUAUCCGCAGGCAGUAGCUAUGAUGCCUCUCCCUCAGUUGUGGGCUGUUUGUUUCUUCAUCAUGAUCAUUUUGUUGGGCCUAGAUACACAGUUUGUUGGAACGGAGACUAUAAUUACAUCAGUGAUGGACAUGUUCCCCAUGGUGCUGCGCAGAUCUGGACACCGAGAAAUCUUUGUCCUGCUCUUCUGUCUCACUUGCUUCUUCGGUCAACUCAUCAUGAUCACAGAGGGGGGGAUGUAUGUAUUCCAGUUGUUUGACAACUAUGCCUGUAAUGGAGCCUGUAUUCUGUUCCUAUCUGUGUUUGAGUCUCUGGCAAUGGGUUGGAUUUUUGGGGCUGAGAAGUUUUUUGACAUAAUUGAAGACAUGACAAAGUCGCGACCCAACUAUAUAUUCAUGCUGUGCUGGAAAUACCUGACUCCUCUCGUGUCCCUGGUAAAUAUUUAG